AUGGAUGAUUUCUCAUUAUACCUGAUGCCGAAGCGGGCAGCCCCCGAGUGUCGUCCCCCACCCUGCCAAUCAGACGUUCUUCGCUCGGUCUUUGAAGAAGACAAUGAUGCUGAAGAUGAUGCUGAGAGAGAGUUGUCCCUGCACUCGAGAGUCAACCGAGUGUUCCAAAUGAUCUCCGGCGUUCGCAACAAACUUCCUAAAACUCCUUCUUCUUCUUCUAAGUUCCUUUCUCAUGCUAGGUUGCGCUCUUUCACUUUAUCUCGUCGAAACUCAAAAACCUCUGCUCUCAGUUCUCGCUCUAGUACUUCAGUUUGA